AUGCUGUGGCUGCUGUUCCUGACUCUCCCAGGCCUGGGGGGUUCUGUGCCUUUGUUCCCGGAUCCUGACCCAGAGAGGGAGAGGGGUGGCAUUGUGGGGACACACAAUGCCCCUACUGGGCGGUGGCCAUGGCAGGUUAGUAUCCGAAGAUACAAUAAGGAGCUUGAGCUGUGGCAGCACGUAUGCGGGGGCUCCCUCAUCCACCACCAGUGGGUGCUGACCGCUGCCCACUGCACCCAGCGGGAGGACUUGGAGGCUUGUGGCUUCAGGGUCCAAGUUGGGCAACUGAGACUCUAUGAUCAAGACAAACUGACAAAGGUGACUCAGAUCAUCUGCCACCCCAAGUUCAACCAGAGCCUGUCUGCUGAGGGUGGUGCAGACAUUGCCCUGCUGAAACUGGAGGCCCCUGUGACACUCUCUGAGCAUGUCAACCUGGUCACCCUCCCACCUGCCUCUCUAACAGUCCCUGUGAGGACGAUGUGCUGGGUGACUGGCUGGGGUUACCUCAGACUUGGAGUGCCGCUGCCCCCACCCUACCAGCUGCAGGAGGUGGUGGUCCCCAUUGUGGGGAAUGAAGUCUGUGACCGGCAUUACCAGAACUCUUCAAACUACAUCGGCCUGAUCAUCAAGGACGACAUGCUGUGUGCUGGGAGUGAGGGCCAGGAUUCCUGCCAGGGUGACUCUGGGGGCCCACUGGUGUGUAGCUGGAAUUGCACCUGGGUCCAGGUAGGGGUCGUGAGCUGGGGAGAUAUCUGUGGUCAUCGUGACUUCCCUGGGGUGUAUACCCGAGUGAUGAGCUACGUGUCCUGGAUCUGGCAGUAUGUCCCUCUUUCCCCUGGACCCUAG